AUCAGGGAAGAGUUGCAAGCCAACGGGAUCGACGUCUACCUUCAGAAGGAGGUUGAUGAGGAUGCUGAUGACAGGAUGGAUCAAUGAGAAGAUCACGGGGAGUUUACAGUGUUGUAAAUACGCACACACUCACAAACACCACUGACCGACCAACGCAUGGAUUCAUUAUAAAGCAUUGUUGGCCUUAAACCAUGUGUUGUGUUUGCCAUAGGAGAUGAUCCCAUUUGCUGUGGUGGGGAGCGACCAGGAGUACCAGGUCAAUGGAAAGAAGCUUCUGGGCAGAAAAACAAAGUGGGGCACCAUAGAAGGUAAUUCAACACACACACAACCAUUACUAUCCCUGUCAAAUGAAUCAUGUAAAAUGGGUUGAAGCAGAUUUGCCUGACUGGACUGCACAGUACAGCAGCUCAACCAUACAUACAGUGAGGGAAAAAAGUAUUUGAUCCCCUGCUGAUUUUGUAUGUUUGCCCACUGACAAAGAAAUGAUCAGUCUAUAAUUUUAAUGGUAGGUUUAUUUGAACAGUGAGAGACAGAAUAACAACAAAAAAAUCCAGAAAAACGCAUGUUAAAAAUGUUAUAAAUUGAUUUGCAUUUUAAUGAGGGAAAUAAGUAUUUGACCCCCUCUCAAUCAGAAAGAUUUCUGGCUCCCAGGUGUCUUUUAUACAGGUAACGAGCUGAGAUUAGGAACACACUCUUGAAGGGAGUGCUCCUAAUCCCAGUUUGUUACCUGUAUAAAAGACACCUGUCCACAGAAGCAAUCAAUCAAUCAGAUUCCAAACUCUCCACCAUGGCCAAGACCAAAGAGCUCUCCGAGGAUGUCAGGGACAAGAUUGUAGACCUACACAAGGCUGGGAUGGGCUACAAGACCAUCGCCAAGCAGCUUGGUGAGAAGGUGACAACAGUUGGUGCGAUUAUUCGCAAAUGGAAGAAACAAAAAAUAACUUUCAAUCUCCCUCGGCCUGGGGCUCCAUGCAAGCUCUCACCUCGUGGAGUUGCAAUGAUCAUGAGAAAGGUGAGGAAUCAGCCCAGAACUACACAGGAGGAUCUUGUCAAUGAUCUCAAGGCAGCUGGGACCAUAGUCACCAAGAAAACAAUUGGUAACACACUACGCCGUGAAGGACUGAAAUCCUUCAGCGCCCGCAAGGUCCCCCUGCUCAAGAAAGCACAUAUACAGGCCCGUCUGAAGUUUGCCAAUGAACAUCUGAAUGAUUCAGAGGAGAACUGGAUGAAAGUGUUGUGGUCAGAUGAGACCAAAAUGGAGCUCUUUGGCAUCAACUCAACUCGCCGUGUUUGGAGGAGGAGGAAUGCUGCCUAUGACCCCAAGAACACCAUCCCCACCGUCAAACAUGGAGGUGGAAACAUUAUGCUUUGGGGGUGUUUUUCUGCUAAGGGGACAGGACAACUUCACCGCAUCAAAGAUACGAUGGACGGGCCCAUGUACCGUCAAAUCUUGGGUGAGAACCUCCUUCCCUCAGCCAGGGCAUUGAAAAUGGGUCGUGGGUGGGUAUUCCAGCAUGACAAUGACCCAAAACACAUGGCCAAGGCAACAAAGGAGUGGCUCAAGAAAAGCACAUUAAGGUCCUGGAGUGGCCUAGCCAGUCUCCAGACCUUAAUCCCAUAGAAAAUCUGUGGAGCGAGCUGAAGGUUCGAGUUGCCAAACGUCAGCCUCAAAACCUUAAUGACUUGGAGAAGAUCUACAAAGAGGAGUGGGACAAAAUACCUCCUGAGAUGUGUGCAAACCUGGUGGCCAACUACAAGAAACUUCUGACCUCUGUGAUUGCCAACAAGGGUUUUACCACCAAGUACUAAGUCAUGUUUUGCAGAGGGGUCAAAUACUUAUUUCCCUCAUUAAAAUGAAAAUCAAUUUAUAAAAUUUUUGACAUGCGUUUUUCUGGAUUUUGUUGUUGUUAUUCUGUCUCUCACUGUUCAAAUAAACCUACCAUUAAAAUUAUAGACUGAUCAUGUCUUUGUCAGUUGGCAAACGUACAAAAUCAGCAGGGGAUCAAAUACUUUUUUCCCUCACUGUACUUAUGUUACUGCUGCCAAUACAUGUUUAAAUCCCAGCCAACUGAUUUAAACAUCUGUCGUCUAACUCAUAUCCACGUUUCUCUGGUCUGUCUGUGACUAAACAGAUUUAGGAGUAAUAGACGCGAGGAGGACGAUUUACCGAACCGUCUGAUUCCGGGUCACAAUCGGGGAAAUUGUGCACAGACACCAGGCCCCCAGUGUCCGGUCUGGAAUGUGAAGUCACGAGCUCUGCUGGUCGGCUACUGCAUAGCAACCUAGCGGUGCCAAAAGCCCUGCUCUGCCCCAGAACGCCUAUGUAAAAUACAAUUGCUAGAACGCCCCCCCCCCCCCAAAAAAAAAAAAAAAACAAAUUUACGUCAUUUUGGCCUUUAAAGUGUGUUUAUUAUGAUCUAGUUCGAUCCCCACGGUGAAUUAUUUUCAAGUUCGCUACAAAUCGAGAUAUUUUUUAAAGUAGUGAUCCAUUCUGACUACUACGUUUGUCCACACAAGGAAGCUUGCGCCCUCAUGCCAUAGACAUUAUAGUUGACUCUCUCAGGCAGGAUGAAAAUGACUACAUCGACCAUGAUCCUUUGCUAGUUACGGUCACUUUCACCAUGAUCCUUAGCGAUUUUUGUUGUUGCUGCCAUUCAGUCCCAUUCAGCAAUAUUGCACACUUCAAAUUAAAAUACUUCCGGCUUCAUGCGCCAUCGGGAGUUUUCCAUAGGAAUAUGUGGAUGACGUCAGUGCUAUCACCAUCUACUGAUUUUUUAUGUUUAUGACAGACACAGGUGUACUAUACUGUAGUUGAGAGCAUGCGUGCACUCACACACACAAACUAUCAUAGUGUUUACGUUUUUUGGACUACGCUGAGCAUUUUUAUUGCCAAGUUGGGGGUCGUCCCUGGGGGGGAAUAGGGGGGCAGAGGGGGAGGUGAUGAUGGGAAGAACAAACAGGAGGAGGAGGAAAAGAGGGGGGGGGGGGGGGGGGGGGUGUCAAAGCUCCUAUUUACUGGAGGACCGACUGUCUCUUUCCCAGAUUGCACCUGGCCCCUCCAGGGCCCCUCUUGGCCCUUGGUGAAUGCUCCUGUCAUCACUCCACACUUGUAGACAGACGGCUGAAGAGCAGCUAUAUUAUUCUGGACCUCUGUUGCUGUUAGGUCUGUUCAAAGGACCAACCAACCAGUGAGCUUAGCAUAAAUAGUUUUCUAGUGUUCUAGUACUUUGGUCCUGCUCUUGAACUAUCAACGUCUCCUACCCCAUAGUCGAUUGACGCGCCUGCUCUUCAAUCUAAUUAGCAUAAGAAGAAGAAUCUGUAUAUUUAACCUCUUAAGGAUAGGACCCUUUUUUUCAAUUUUCACCUAAAAUGAUAUACCCAAAUCUAACUGCCUGUAGUUCAGGACCUGAAGCAAGGAUAUACAUAUUCUUGAUACCAUUUGAAAGGAAACACUUUGAAGUUUGUGGAAAUGUGAAAUGAAUGUAGGAGAAUAUAACACAUUAGAUCUGGUAAAAGAUAAUAUAAACAAAAAGAGAAAGGCCACAAUAUAAUAUUGCAGUUUAGGCGCAAUUUAGAUUUUGUCCACUAGAUGGCAGCAUUGUGUGUGCAAAGUUUCAGAUUGAUCCAGUGAAGCAUUGCAAUACUGGACUAUUUUGUAUCAAGUCUGCCCAAAUGUGCCGAAUUGGUCAAUCUGAAACUUUGCACACACACUGCAAAAUCUAAAUUGAUACAUUUUCAAGUACAUAACUAUAGAGAACAUGCAAAAAUGAUAUGGUAAUACAAAAUGUAAGUUUACACACUCCCAGGAAUGUCAUACAUGAUGUAUCAUUAGCUUAUACACUAACUUUCACACAUCUAGAUGGCCGGGCGGGGUGGGUGUGGAGCCAGAGACAGCAAGGGUUCAAACUGUAGAACCCAGUUCCUACAUUUGAAUGUAAAAAUUGAUUUUAUCAAACAAAACUAUGCUAGAUUUUAUCUCUGGGACCCAUAGGAUGACGAAUCAGAGCAAGAUUAUUGAAUGUAAGUACAUUAUUUACCUUCAGAGGUGAAUGUAUCAAACCAGUUGCCGUGAUAAGUUUUUUGUUGUGCAUUCUCCUCAAACAAUAGCAUGAUAUUUUUUCACUGUAAUAGCUACUGUAAAUUGGACAGUGCAGUUAGAUUAACAAGAAUGUAAGCUUUCUGCCCAUAUAAGACAUGUCUAUAUCCUGGAAAGUUUGCUGUUACUUACAACAGUCAUGCUAAUCACAUUAGCGCACGUUAGCUCAACCAUCCCAUAUAUGGGACACCGAUCUCGUAAAGGUUAAUCUAGAGGUCUGCUUCUCAAUCGGCCUUCCACAUCUGCUCUGGAAGGUGGCAGAGCUACAGCGGUGUUUGUCAGACCAGGAGACAUCCCGAAAAUCGAUUUUCUCACUGAAACGUCUGCAGAGUCCGAGCAGUUUGGGCUUUUGUUUGCUCUACGACCCCCACAAGCUUCACGGGACUAGUCUGAAGUCGGUACCGACAGUGUGCCAACUUCGGUCUGAGCCACAAACUCAUAUGACCCCACUAUCAAAAGCUGAGACUCUAACAAACAUGCUGUUUUGCUCUACGACGCCCACAAGCUUCACUAGAGUCGUCUGUGUAUGGAAGUCGUUUUUGUACCCAAAAAAAGGGUUAAAUAUGGCAAAAAAAUAUAGGACAGACGCUUCAAAACAUACUUCCUUCUGAUUACAUUUUUUAUUAUCUGUUUUGCCCCAAGGCUUUAGACUCCAUGGGGUUAAAACACCCAUGGACUUUAAUUUAACUUUAGACAAAGGUGUGUUUGUGGGAGCAUGGAUGUGAGAAAUGUGGUUGCCCCCUGGCCAGGCGUUGUGCUCAGGCAGUGGGAGAGGGAUGGAUGGCGGGAGCGAGCGAGCGAGUGAGAGGAAGAGAGCUGCUGGGCACGUCUGCACCUCCAUCAUAAGAAAAAGUCAAGGGGGGUGAAUACUUUCUGAAGGCACAUAAAAUACUAUCUAAAGGUAAAAGUGUAUUAUUAAAGAGGCAAUCUGCAGUUGCUUAGUCAAUUUUUUGACUUAUAAAUUAAUUGUAUAAACCAAUUGAUUCUUGAAGAAUAUAACUUAUAAAUGCCUCAUGAGCUUAGUUCAACUGUUGUACUCCAUCAAAACCCUAAAUACAAUAUUGUUUUACUCCAAUGUUUGUAAACAAUGUAAAUUUAAGCAAGCACUGUAUAGCCUCAAAACAUGGUUAAAACUAUAAUUUCGAUAUCAUGGAUGGUCCGUCCUUUCAGCCAUAGCUCGGUCUAUGAAUUUAAUGUUUACAUUUCUGGAGGCCCAUCCCUCAGCUUUUAAUCAAAACAAAGGCAGGGUUGUGGCUUUGUUGUGGUUUCAACUGCGGAUUCUAGUUUUAAUAUCAUGAAUAUGGCAUCCUAUUCAUAGGGCUAAGGAUAACUGAUAACUUCCAAAGUUCCCAAUCAACCAUGGAUGAAUGAUAGUAUACCUUUGGGCAAAUCAGAUGUCAAUAGCCUACAUAAACCCAACCUCACUCCAAAUGUACUUUCACAUACAGCUUGUGUAAGAAAAGUUAGCGUUAGGCUACUUUCAACUAUUCAAUGUUAUUUAGGUAGUCUACGCAAAUGAGUAUGGAAGCUGAUCAAUGUCUAAAUGUUAUGACAUGAUAGCUCAGCCUAAAACAAACACAGCUUGUUUCCAAAGCUAAGCAAGGUACAUAGAGGUAGGCCUCUGGAUGGUAGACUCGUUCUCACUUAAGUGCAUUACCUAUCAUAUACCAGUAGGAGUCACUGUUCAGGCAGGAAUCAUUGGACUGUGGCUUCACAUUUUAUUUCAAUAUACUGUACCUCUAUUUAGGUUGAUGGCAUGACCUUGAAACUAUGUUGAUUCAAACAUACCGUUUUACUAUCAACAUUGAAACAAGGUCAAAUAAAAUGUCGAAUCAAAUAUGAAAUUCAACAUAAUUUCAAACCACCCAAAAUAUAUUGAAUAUAGGAUGAAAAGGAUUUGUACUUUUCUACGUGGAAUUUAACGCAAUUUCAAUGUAUACAUAGUUCUGAUGACUAUGUUGAAAUAUUGAUGCAACAACCUGUUAGUAGGUUAAGUAAUUGUGUUUCAAUUGAAGUUUUCACCCUAAUUUCAAUGUUUACAAUGCUGGUUGAAAUUAGAUGAAAACAGUACUGGUCGACUUUUUGCAAAUCCAGAGGUAUUUUCCACGUAGAUUCCAUGUCACAAUAGGUUGACAAAUGACGUUGAAACAAUGUUAAUUCAACCAGUGUGCCCAGUGGGUUGAUGUUUCUCUGGGAAACAUUUAUGACUAAAUCCCAUCUUCGUUUCCGCUCUGUCAGGACCCACAUGCAGAACAUCACCAACAUCACCAGUAGCAUCCACUACGAGGUGUACUGUGUACACAGGCUAAAUGAGACCAACGCCCAGCCCAACAGCCAGCCACUCAACACAUUGGUCAACCCACAGCCACAGCAGGCCAACGCAGUGACAGCACAGUUCUGA